AUGGGUAUUUGCGCAUGUAAAGUUAAGGUCAUUACUCCAGUCCCCACAACUCAAACAACUGUCCGAACCGUCCCAAAAAUUAAGAAAGUGCUCCUUAAAUGUAAAAACUAUUCAGUCACGAAAGAUGAGUUAAGGGUAUUAAAAGAUCUCUACAAAGACUUAUCAAGGAAAACAAGCGACGACGAAGCUAUCGACAAAAACACGUUUAUCCAAUUUUUUUCGCUGCCUGUAACUUCUAAGUAGGGUCUCCUAGGAGAAAGGCUUUUUCAAAAAUUCGAUACAUCAAAACAAGGCUCAAUAAAUUACGAAGACUUUCUGUUAGGAUUAUCGUCCUUCAGCAAAGGAACACUUGAAGAAAAAUAUAAAAUUAUUUUUGAUCUGUAUGAUUUGAAAGAAGACGGCGUUAUUGAUAAAAAUGAAUUAGUUACUAUUGUAUUUUCUAUUUAGAUUCACAAUACUUAUAAAGAAACAGCGGAUUUGCUGCCAUUGCCAACGUCUACAACUGAUACUUCUGGUGGGCAAGAUUUGUUUAUACAAUUAGGAACGCCAGCAAAACAUCCUAUGAGAAGGAUCGAAAAAAGAAGAACCACUUCAGCUUUUCCUGACGAAGAGUACCCAGUAAAUAAAGAAAAAUCGAUUGCUACUCAAUUCCAAGAAAGAAGGGUGCAAAUGAUUGCAGCACAUAUUUUAGAUACUUUUGGGGAUAAAAAUACCUUGACAUUUCAAGAUUUUACUAAUUUUCUAAGCCAACACCCUAAAAUUUUUGAAGUUUUUAGGGCAUCUUAUAAAGAAGAUAUUUGGCUUGGGGUGCAACCAGAUGUAACAAUAAUCAGAGAAAGAAAACAACGGAAAAGAUGCCGAACUAUCGGCGGGCUGGUAUCUGCACAAACUUUUGCUGAUUUUAGACUUGAUAAAUUCCCUUCAAUUAAUUCAUGCGAUUUUUCUGGAUUUUUAUACCAGAAAAAUAAAGAAACUAGCGUUUUUGAGAAAAAAUUUGCUGCGUUGAAGAAAAGUUUGCUAUUAAUUCAUGAAAAUCCUGAAGAUAAAAUGCCUUCUGGAGUAAUCUUUAUGGAUGGGUGCUAUGUGGAUAUUAUAGGUGAUUAUUAUGUUUCAAAAAAAUUUGGAAUUUCAAUUUCACACGAAUCCAGUGCUUAUAAUGAAAUUAACCUAUGGUUUGACUCUCGAAAAGAACGAGACGAAUGAAUUAAACUUUUAGAAAUUGCUGCAAAAACCAGGAAAUUUAAAGAGUUUUAUGAAUUAAAAGAAAAAAUUGGCCAUGGACGAUAUUCUGAUGUCCAUAUUGUAAUAGAGCAUGCUUCAAAUAAAAAAUAUGCGGUGAAAAUAAUUACAAAAGCCAGGCUUUCUCAUAAUGAAGCUGAGAUGCUCAGAAGCGAAAUUGCUAUUAUGAGGCUUUUAGACCAUCCAGGUGUGAUACAGUUAAAAGAAGUCUUUGAUACUAAAAAACAUAUGCUGAUUGUAAUGGAACAGGUAUGUGGAGGAGAAUUAUAUAAAGAUUUUCUUUAAAAGUGCCCGCCAAAUGGCGGGCUAUAUUAAACUAUUAACCGUAUUAAGCGGAAUAUAGAUUUAUCAAAUAAUAUUAGUUAUAAAAAUCUAAAGAAACUAAAAGCAAAAUUAUAUAUCAGAGGAUUGUAAAUAGAAAAUAUUUCACUGAAUACGCCACAAGCCAAGUGAUAAAGCAGCUGCUUGAAGUCGUUAAAUACCUGCAUGAUGUUGGAAUUAUCCAUAGAGAUAUAAAGCCUGAAAACAUUUUAUUAGUUGAUGAGUCAGAAGUCCCCAAAAUCAAGCUUGCUGAUUUUGGGCUUUCCCAGCUUGCGUUACCAGGGACCUUGCAAACUUUAUCAUGUGGGACAUUAGGAUAUGUAGCUCCUGAGGUGUUAGCAAAAAAAGGUUAUGAUAAUAAAGUCGAUUUAUGGAGCAUUGGGGUUAUCGCUUAUUUGAUGCUUCAUCAUAGAUUAUUCUAUUUUAUUAUUAAAUAAAUCUAGCUUUUUUUAGAAAAAAAAAAUUAUAAUGCUAAUUUAAUAAAGUAUACCAUUGGACCACCCAGAAAAGCACGAAUUAAUUGAAAUGACCCUAAAAGCUCCUAUAGAUUUUAGCGUUGAGCAUUGAAAAAGAUUUUCACCUCAAGCUUUGGAUUUUGUACAAAAGUUAUUAAAUAGAGAUCCAAAUGAAAGAUUGUCAGCCGAAGAAGCAUUGCGGCAUGAAUGGGUCAGAAAUCCAGACGGAUUUAUCAGAAAAAGCACAUUUAGAGAAACUACAAGAGACAACUCAAUUUCUGUUGAUUCUCAUCUAUCAGGGUUGCUAUAUCAUCCUGAAUUCACAGAAUCUUCUAGUACUAUAGAUAAAAAUCAUAGAUAUGCAGUCCAAAGCUUGCCAGAACUAUUAGCUCCUGAUAUAAUGUCUUUUGAUAGGUUUUCUUCUAACUGCAGCUCGUCCAUGCAGGUGCAAUCAUAA